AUGUCUCUAGUGCAGGAACGUACACCGGCUUUGCCCAUGCCUCGAACAGCUCCAGAAGGUCAGCAGACGACUCCAUGGCGGAAUUUAGCCAUUGGAUCGUGCAUGCAGCUUUUCCAAGUUACGUCUUUGGGACAACCUCUAGAGGUGAUCAAGACACAUAUGGCCGCAAACAGGGGUGAUUCCUUACGACAAGCAGUGCGCAAAACAUAUGCGCGAGGCGGACCUCUGGCGUUCUAUCAGGGCUUGAUUCCAUGGGCUUGGAUUGAAGCAUCAACGAAAGGUUCAAUCUUGUUUCUCGCCUCAACUGAGACCCAAUAUUAUGCCAAGAAAUAUCUUGAUGCCAAUCCUAUCACGGCCGGUGUAUUGGGAGGGGUUGUGGGAGGAGCUGCACAGGCAUAUCUUACCAUGGGAGUGACAACAUGCAUGAAGACGAUAGAGAUAACGCGUCCCAAAGCUACCGUACCGGGACAAAGAGUUCCACGCACAUUGGAGUUAUUUAUCCAAGUUGUGCGGAAGGACGGUAUCCGCGGUAUCAAUCGGGGUGUAAACGCUGUUGCUCUCCGUCAAAUUACGGGCUGGUCGUCCAGAAUCGGGAUCUCAAGAUUUGUAGAGGAAGGUAUCAGAAAAGGUACAGACAAGCCGAAAGACGCCAAGCUAAGCUUUGUCGAAAAGGUCGCCGCAUCUGCGAUAGGAGGCGCAAUCAGUUGCUGGAACCAGCCAUUUGAGGUGAUUCGCGUAGAGAUGCAGGCCGUUAAAAAAGCAGGAAAUGCUACUGGAGCGUCGACCCCAACGAUUAUCUCAACUCUUAAGCAUAUCGUUACCACUUCUGGACUACUAAGUCUAUUUCGAGGCAUAGGGCCACGCAUUGGAGUAGCUGCAUGGGCCACGAUAUGUAUGGUCGGGUUAGGUGACCGAUUUAAAGAAUUUAUAAACAUUCGCCUCCCGACGUAA